AGUAUGACUCUCUAAAAGUUUCUCUUUUGUGUUGGCUAUUCUGAAAAAUCCAUGGGCAGUUUGGUAAAACAACACACACCUCCUCGGCUCCUCCCAUCCUUUGCCUACACCCAGCAUAGGGUAGGAAACCACAACUUGGAAGUUGGAACUCUCUCUCCAUCUCUACUUCCUCUAUCUCUAUUCUUCCACACUCGAGAGAUUCACAUGCCAACAUUCUUCUCCUCUCCUCUCCAUUCGACUCACAGACAAAAGAAACAAAAAACAAAAAGCUUCAUUGGAUUACAGACCUUCUCUUCUCUUGUUCACCUCCUUACAUACAAUCAAACAAUCCUGUGAACCCAUUUCUUGAUAAACCCAAUACAGCCGUUGGAUUGUUGUUCUAGUUAUCCCUUGCGGCUUCUCAAGCUUCUACAUGCUCCAACCCAAUAGUACUCUGUUUCUCCUUUCAUGGCCUCCGCCGUUCUUUCUUCCAUCCAUCAAAUCUUCGACGACCACCACCACAGCAGCAGCAACGGCGGUGGAGGAGGAGGGGAAAUCAACAGACAGGAAGUCCAAGCCGCCAUUGCUAAAGCAGUGGAGCUUCGAGCUCUUCAUGCCGCUUUGACUCAAGGAACUACAACUACUACUAGCAGCCCUUCUUCUGCUGCUGCUGCAAAUCUCAGAUACCUUCCACCUCCUUCUUCUUCCCCUGCUUCUUCCCGCCCUCUUCCACAGUUCUCCGCGCAAGAUUAUCCCGUCUUCACUCCGAGCUACGAGGAUGAGCCAUUUCCAGGGAUUCAGUACUCAAUGCCGGCCAAGUCAAGAACAGCAUCAGAAAGCUGGGACGAAUGCGGCGUAGAAGGAGGUGGAGGGACAAUGAGCUACGAGACCGUUUUGUCUGAUUUCAAGAAGGAGAAAGGGAUCCACUCCGCCGACGAUCAGAAAUCCGUCACCGGACCCUGCAUCAACAACAUCACAGUUCUCCAUAGUUCCCCCGGCGGUGGAGUAACAACAACGACGACAGCAGCAGAGCUCUACAAAUCAAGCAGAGGACUAAACUUUGCAGACUUCAAAUCGUCAUCCUCUUGCAACAACCGUUCCCGCGCAAUGGCAGACUUCGAAGCUCAGAAUCGAAAGAGCAAGAUUCAUUCCAACAUCGUAGUUCCAUUGACGGAUUCCCACGCUUCCGUCCAGUCUCAGCCGAGGAGCAAAGGAAUGAUGUCGUGGCUGUUUCCGAGGCUGAGGAAGAAGCCCACGAAGAACGCAGCUACUACUUCGCCGGUGAGAGCAGAGUCCGAGGAGGCCUCGCAGGCAUUCGGGGAACUGGGUUUGCUGUCGAUCGAGAAUCUGCGGAGGGAGUUGAGGGAAUCGAAUGAAACUAGGGACGCAGCAUUGACAGAAGUCGCGGAGACGAGAGCUUCGUUAGGCCCACUGAGGCAAAAGAUCGAACACCUGGAGGGCUACUGCGAGGAGCUGAAGAAGGCUCUGAAAUCCGCCACGAGAUCCAAAGGGCGAGCCAAAUCAAUCGAUGGGUACGCACAAAACAACAACAAUUCGAAUCUCCAUCCAUCCAUUCUCCCAGUGACGGACGAAGCAAUGGUGGAAGGGUUCCUCCAAAUGGUGGCCGAAUCCAGACUCUCAGUGAAACAAUUCUGCAAAGCCCUAAUCUCCCAAAUCGAAGACGACACCGCCGAUUCCCCACUGAUCGAAACCCUGCUCUCCCUCAAUUCCAACCAUCCCAAGACGAUACUCUACCACCUGGAAUCCAUAAUCAACGACACGAUGCACCAGGACUUCGAGAACUCGGCAUUCCACAACAACGGCGCGCCGAAGCACCUGGACCCGCAGCAGGAUCGGCAGGCCCAGUUCCAAUCCUUCGUCUCGCUGCGGAACCUGAGCUGGAACGAGGUUCUGAGGAAGGGGACGAAGUACUACAGCGAGGAGUUCAGCAAGUUCUGCGACCAGAGGAUGAGCUGCAUCAUCGCGGCGCUGAACUGGACGCGGCCGUGGCCGGAGCAGCUGCUGCAGGCGUUCUUCGUGGCGGCGAAGUGCGUGUGGCUGCUUCACCUGCUCGCGUUCUCGUUCGAUCCGGCGAUCGGGAUCUUGAGGGUGGAGGAGGAAAGGGGGUUUGAUCCGAGGUACAUGGAGGAAGUGUCUAGGGAAAGGGCGGGAAAUGGUGGUGGUGGUGGUUCGAGCAAGGUGGUUAAGGUUAUGGUGAUGCCUGGGUUUUAUGUUCAAGGGAGGGUUUUGAGGUGUAAGGUUCUGUGUAGGUACAAGGGUUCUUAUGGUCACUCCCGUGGUGUUAACGUUUCUAGUUGAAAUCACAUAAAUUUGGUGUUAAUACUGGAUAUUUCGUGUUCGAAUUUAUAUGGCGAAUUUGUGAUUCACUUAAGAUUGUUUUUUGAUACAUUAUAAACUGUUAUUAUGAAUAACGAAAGUUAGUAUCUCAUUAACUUAUGGAUUCAUGAUGAGUUUGUUGCUAUUAGUUGAAUAUAAAUUAUUUGUUGUCGGUUAGAAGUUACGGAGGGCUUCCUGGAGAAGGUGUUGUUAUAUAUAUAUUUUUUCAAUUUUUGUAAGCUGUAUAUCCCCAGAUAUAAUGAAACUGGUAUCUCCAACCAGUACAUUACCU